AACCCGGAAGUGCACUCAGCGAAGGUCACGCCUCCAAGAUGGCGGCGCCCUGCGCACAGGGCUGUGACAGGUUUUUGCUCGGUCGCUAAUUAUAGCCUCGACCCGGUCUGCGGGGCCAUGGAGCAACCGGGGUUCACCGCCUCGCUAGUGGCUGGUGGGGUAGCAGGCGCCUCUGUUGACUUGAUAUUAUUUCCUCUGGAUACCAUUAAAACCAGACUGCAGAGUCCCCAAGGAUUUUAUAAGGCCGGUGGUUUUCAUGGAAUAUAUGCUGGUGUUCCGUCUGCUGCUAUUGGAUCCUUUCCUAAUGCUGCCGCAUUUUUUCUCACCUAUGAAUAUGUGAAAUGGUUUUUAUACACUGAUUCAUCUUCGUAUUUGAUGCCUAUGAAGCACAUGUUGGCUGCCUCUGCUGGAGAAGUGGUUGCCUGCCUUAUUCGAGUUCCUUCAGAAGUGGUUAAGCAGAGGGCACAGGUAUCUGCUUCUUCAAGAACAUUUCAGAUUUUCUCUGACAUCUUAUAUGAAGAGGGCAUCCAAGGCUUGUAUCGAGGCUAUAAAAGCACAGUUUUAAGAGAGAUUCCUUUCUCUUUGGUCCAAUUUCCCUUGUGGGAAUUCUUAAAAGCCCUCUGGUCCUGGCGGCAGGAGCAUGUGGUGGAUUCUUGGCAGUCAGCAGUCUGUGGAGCUUUUGCAGGUGGCUUUGCAGCUGCCGUCACCACCCCUCUGGAUGUGGCAAAGACAAGAAUUAUGUUGGCAAAGGCUGGUUCCAGCACCGCUAGUGGGAACGUCCUUUCUGCCCUGCACGGGGUCUGGCGCUCACAGGGGCUGGCAGGGUUAUUUGCAGGCAUCUUCCCUCGAAUGGCCUCUAUCAGCCUGGGAGGGUUCAUCUUCCUGGGCGCCUACGACCACGCCCGCGCCCUGCUGUCGGAGGUGGGCAGAGAGGGUCCGUGAGCAGACGCCACGCGUGCGCUUCCCUGAAGAAAGGGGCCCGAGAGAGCCGUGGGGCAGCUGUGCCGCCACCCGAGCAGCAGGUGCCGAAGCCCAGAGCUGCCCUGACUGACGCGGAGCCCGGGGCUGCAGCUGGGGCUGGUGGAGCUGUCAUCCGUCUGUGCGCCACAAAGAGAAAAGCACGUGGCGGUGGGACUGAGCUGCCGCGCAACCCCUCAAUAAAUGCGCCCGGCGGUGCCCUGGCCAGGCCGCGGAGCCUGCUCUGUCUCUGAUCGUUCACUUCCUCACCUGGUGGUGCUCCGCAGACAGCAGCGUGGUUCCAGUCUGAAAGGAAUGACGGGAGGGGGAGGAGGCACAGGUUGUGCCUGUGGUGUCGCCCUCGGGUCAGUUCCCAGGGUGUGCGGUCAGAGCUGUUCACAGAGCAGCCCCCGCGGGAGCAGAGCCAGCCUUCUUUCUGGCACCCAGGCCGUGUUUGGGUACCCUCAGGUGCACCGAGAGGAACGCGGGAGCCUGUCGUGCUACAUACACAAGGGUCCAGGGACCACGAGGUGUGUGGAGGGCGGCCGGCUUUGGGGCAGGGGGCACACAGACCCUGGGGAGCCUGAGCUCUGCUCCACCACUCGCCCUCAGGCUGAGAGGGGACCUGGGCCAGCUCUGGGGACAGCCUUGCCUCCUCGCAGUGGGUCAUGGCCUGGCUUAAGCUCAGCGCUGGAAGGCGAACAGAGGAGAUGGAAAGGUCACCAUAUUUUGGGAUUUUAAAGCUUGACUAAUGAGCUCCAGGUGUAGAAAAAUUCAGAGAGACAUCUUAGGAAUCCAGCAGUUCAUGUCUACCCUGGAGCGCUGGUACACGGCUCUGCCUUGCCUCAAUUUUCCCCCGUUUGAGGAAAAAAUAUUAAAAGCAGAAUGACUGCAUUUAUAAAGGAAUCUCAGGAGAAGAAUGAGCAGAGUCAUACGCUCAACAUUAUAAAUGAACCUUUAUUAAAGACACUUCAAUGCCAUUUGUUAGACACUUCAAUAUUUUACAUGUUUUUCAAUGUACAUUGUACCAAAAUUUCUAUAAAUAAAUAACUUUGUACAUAAAAGUAAUACUUCCUCUUUCACAUUGCCUCUCAGAAGCAGCAAAUUCACAUAUUUUGUGGAAGUAACAUUAAUCAGUUAACUGUUGAGGACAAAACUCAAUGUGCUUACCUUCUGGAACGGUGAUGGCCUCUGACAGGAACAUCUGACACAGGUAGCCAUUUGGCCAAUACCCGCCCUUCAGCUGUUUGGCUAAAGAAAUGUACUUUGAGAUUUUUUUUUUUUUUUUUAAGGACCUCGUUUGUUUCAAUGUAACUUUUAGUGAAUUACGCAUUGGCACUCACAGGAUGGUUAGCUACAGGUCUCAAAAGUGCAACACCCAGGUCCAGGGCUGAAUCUCACGCAGUCCGAGCCCGGCCCCGUCUGUGCAGGGCAGGGUGGACGGGCCUGCCCUGGCUCCUCAGUAGAAAUAAGCUAGCCCUGAAAGGGGAGGACUGGAUCUUUUUUAUCCCCCAAAGUAACAAUAUAUUGGCAGAAUUAGAAUGUCACUAUUGAAAAAUCCACAGGUACCAACACCAGCAGCCUUUGCCUUAAUAAAAAGCCUCAGCUAACCGUCCGGUGACACGGACGAGACCACAUUUGCUUUUAUCAAAAAAGGAGCUGGAGAGAAGGAAGAAAGGCUCUCCUGUUCUGACGCGUGGCGUGUGGUGCCCAGCAGCCUUCACUCCGCUCCUCAGAAGAAAAGCCCCUCGCCGCAAAGGCACGCUGCAGGAGCAUCCGCACGUGGGCACCGGCAGGCCCAGGUGCCACCGACGCAGGCAGAACGUGACUGCAAGGGCACACAGGGCCAAGGAUGUCCCGUCCUUCCAAACCCACCAGAAACUCCGGGAAGCAAAUGUGGUCUUCGUCUAAAUGCCGGCCGUGCAUUAAGGCACCAGAACGAUUCCCGACCCCCCGAUCGAACAGCAACCUGAUAUGAAAAAUAAUAUUGUCAAAAUCGUAUAAUUCUCUUGUUAACCAUGCACUACGAUUAAAAUAGCCUCUGUAAAAGAUAUAUAAUAUAUAUGAACUCUGGAAACUCUUAUGUACAACGGUAUCAAAUACUUUUUCUGCCUUUUGUACACGAACAGCCUCCUGCGUUUCUGCGCUUCCGAUGCGAGUCCUCGGACCGGCUGGCGCUCCACACGGAGGUGAGAGCCGCGCGGCUCAGCGACGCUGGGCCCCAGGCCUGCUCACCGCCCGGCCCACCUCCUCCCGUGGACGCUGGUGUGACGAGAGCUGAGGUAGACAAAGCCUAGCUUUUCGGUGCCGACAGCAGAGGUCCCCUCCGCUUCCCAGGGAGCUGUCCUGUCAGUGGUGUGGACUCGGGACUGGAGUCACACGCCUGGGGGAGGUGGCCAUUGGAAAGGAGCAAGUGCUGGGCCUCGCUGGGGACAGCAGGAAAGCCCAAGGCGGCCUCUGUGCACUCUGUGCUGCCUGACGUGAAGGCAGGGGAAGGCUGUGGGUCUGCGGAGUCCGGUGCGUACCGCCUCGCUAGAGUCCAGGAGUCCCCUGUGAG